UUGUCACCCUUGGCAGAUUCUCAAAUGACCUUGAUGAUGACACCACCCUCAUUUCUUUCCCUCCAUCGUUUCUUUUGCCAAUGGCAUCCCAUGCGGUACUGUAGAGUUGAUUGACCCGCUGCAUCCAGCACCUCACUCUUCUUACUAGCUAGUAUUAAGAACCCAACCAGCCGAAACUGCCAUGCAAUCUGUUGCAGAAGACGAACCUCUGAUUUCCGACGGUGACUUGGCGGCACUGGCCCAGUGCGGCCAGCACUAUGACAGUGUCCGUCCUUCCCACGCUCGACGAACGUCUUCGGGUGGUACUUUGGUGAGCAGCUUGGACUUUGAACGAAUUGUCAAUCAGUAUUCCAUCCAAGCCGUGCGGGAUCAGUGGCUACUUCCUCCCUUGUCCGAAGAUGGGAGUGCCGUGGGAAGCGGUCGUGAAGGUGAAAACGGUGAAAUUUCCAGAAGCAGGCGCAAGUCGUCUGUGCGUGGGUAUCGACCCAAACCAAAAGGCAAGCAUCUAUUGGGAUAUACGGGAAGGACGGCCACUCGAUGGUUCUUGUCAGCCUUGGCGGGAUUGUUGACGGGUCUUAUCAGUAUCGUGAUUGUCCAAGUCUCGGGUUUUUUGGUGGGAUGGCGUAGCCAAAAUGUUCAAUCUUUGAUUCUCGAUCCAGCGUACAGUGACGCGUAUGUCUUUACGAUAUACAUGUCGCUCAACUUGGCGGGAGCUCUGCUUGCCUCAUGGCUCUGUGUGGGAUGGGUGCCUCAGGCGACCGGGUCGGGAAUCAGUGCGGUCAAGGCCUACUUGAAUGGCAUUCGAGGCAAUCAAAAGUUUACCCGGUUGCCCUUGUUUAUUGUCAAAGUCGUGGGAAACAUUCUGGCCGUGUCUUCUAGUUUGGCCAUUGGUCAAGAAGGUCCUCUGAUUCAUAUUGGUGCCAUGGUGGGAAGCAGUCUGUCCAAGAUAUCGGGGAUCCUUUCCAAGUUUCUGCAAAGCGUUCAAAGAUGGAAUCCGGAAUGCUGUCGUUCGGCCUUGAUGCGAGCACACAUCAAUGGUCCAUCUUUGAUUCAGAAAGCAUUGACGUGGACCACAACGGAGCUCUCUCAUUUCGCGACCGACGCGGAGCGACGUGAUUUGGUUUCCAUUGGGGCUUCGGUUGGAUUUGCGGCUUCUUUUGGGGCUCCAGUCGGUGGAUUGCUCUUUAUUCUCGACGAUAUCUCCUGUUACUUUUCCCGGAAUCUCCUCCUGAGGAUCUUGGUGGCCAAUGCCAUUGGUACUCUUUGUUUGGCAUUCCAGCAUGGUGAUCUUGGGAACUACAGUGUUAUCAACUUGGGACAUUCGGGGCCUCUUGUUACAAAUGCCAUUGAAGAGAUCCCGCUCUACAUCUUUAUAGGCGUCAUGGGAGGAAUCUUGGGUGGGACCUUUGUGGCGUCUUUUCUAUGGCUCCGACGAAAUAUCACCAGUCGGUUCCCACCCAGAGGAAAAGGACGUGCGAAAUAUCAAUUACUGGAAGUGGCAAUAGUCAGCGUCGUGACCUCUCUGUUGCUAUUCUACCUGCCCAGUUUCGCCUGGGCUUGCAAAUCCAACCCAGAUGGUUCGACUACCAGUCUACGUGAUAUAGCCAAUGCCAAUGGAGAGUUUGAUGCCACUGCUCGUCAUCGAUUCUUUUGUCCCGAGGGUGAAAUCAACGAAUUGGCCAACUUCCACUUUGGAAGUCGUAUUGAGGCCAUCAAGCGAAUCUUGACCGAUCCCUCGCAGUUCAUGACCCAAACACUGCUUUCGGUUGGAAUACUCUUUUAUGUCCUCAUGACAAUAACUUUUGGCAUUGCAAUUCCAUCGGGAAUCUUUACGCCCACUGUGUUGAUUGGUGCCUCGUUGGGAGGAGCUGCUGGGAACUUCUUUCAAGAGACCAUUGAUCCAGAAAUUACACCUUCGACGUUUGCGUUGCUGGGAGUGGCAGCUCUGUUGGCGGGUAUUCAAAGAUCAACAAUCAGCGUGGCUGUCAUUUUGGUAGAGGGGACCGGGCAAAUCAAAGUGCUCACACCAGCAAUCAUUGUGGUUGUCAUUGCACGAUACGUGGCAAGUUUGAUAACCAAGGAUGGUGUUUUUGAGGCAGUGAUGGUGUUGAAGAAGGUACCAUAUCUGGAGCAAAAUGUGAACAAGAGACGAUAUGACGCCAUCGAAGUGGGCGAUAUCAUGUGGGAAGGUCCGGUGGUUUCUGUAUCACCUCGAGAACAGGUUCAUCGUCUGGUGACACUCUUGGCAACUAGUGGCCACAAUGGGUUCCCAGUGAUUGAUCCGCAAACCAAAAAGUUCCUUGGGCUGGUGAGAAGAGAUCAGAUUGCCGCUCUAAUCGAAUGUGGGGUGUUUGACAAAUCAUUCGUUGGCGGCGUAGAAGAGACACCAGCUUGGGCGAGGCCACAAACGGGGGUCGACAAGUCACCCCUCAUGCGAUGGGCGUAUCACAUCAACGAUGACCGAUACGAUUAUAUUCGUCGUCAAACACCGGUUCAAAAGGAACGAAAGAAGGCUCCCCCAAAACGGGCUAUUAAAGCAUCACCUCGGUUCAGCUUGAUCUCGUCGCGCAAUCUGAAGCUGGCCGUUUUCUCGGCGUUGCCCACGGAAUUCGCAUCGGUUGCUCAAAACGAUGAAGGGCUUGUUUACAUCUCAUGGCUGAAUUCUGAUUACGCGAAACAUUGGGUCAACAUUGGUGCCGUGAUGAAUCGAGGAGUCUAUGUUGUGACUGAAUUUUGCCCGGUGUCAAAGGCAUACCAGCUAUUUACUUCCCUUGGAUUGAGGUACCUGGUUGUUUUGGGUGGUGAAACCGGUGGUGAGGUUGUGGGGGUGCUAUCUAGAGCCAACCUACUUCCCGAAUACAUCAAGGAACGCACCGGGGUAUAGUAUUUCUGUAAACUUGUCAUUGUUUGAUUGAUACGGUAGCGAAGAAAGUGUGCUGAUUCAGGUGGAUUUGAUGAUCCCAAGUGGAGCAGUGGCCGCCUUUGCGCAGUGGAGCAUGAACUAAACCUUCUCUCUAGCUAGCUAACCAACUAACUUGUCUAAUGUACCGGUAGCCAUGUCUCGACGGUUGUACUACCUACCUACCCAAGAGCCUCCAGU